GAUUUUGUUGUCGUCUGCUGAUCAACAACGAGGAAGAGGAAGCAUAAAAUUAAACUGAGUAUCAACCGGCUUCAGGUUUUUUCAUAUUCAAGUAAACAAUGGAUGAGAGUGAUUUAGACAAACCCCAAGAUUCAAAAGGCCAAAAAAAAUCUACUAGGCAGCACGAUGGUGGUGCAGCUGAUCUGGAAAAGGUCACCGAUUACGAAGAGGAGCGAGUCGUUUUGUCACAAGACAUUACUGGGGCCAUCAAUCUCAUUGAUAACCGUAGAAGCAAAGAGGAAGCUGAACGCCAAGCCAAAGAACGUGAAUUGGCAAAAGUUUCAAUCAAGAAAGAGGAUGUAGAAGUUUUGAUCAAGGAAACCGAAAUCCCGAGAACAAAGGCAGAAAGAAUCUUAAGAGAAAACAAGGGUGAUCUGGCAUCUGCCUUGAGACAAGUCAUAAAUUGUUAGUGUGAUUCUUUUAAAUACACAGUAAACUUCUA